AUGGAACCAGUCAACUGUACCAGCCCUGAAAAUGUGGAAGCUAUUUGUAAACAAAACUUUGACUGGCACCUUCAUGGGAAGAACGCAACUGCUUACGGAAAGGGAAGCUAUUCCGCAUUAAACUCUUCUUACAGCGAUAAUUACGCUAAGGAAGAUUCCAGAGGGUCUAAGUUUGUGUUCGUGGCCAAGGUCCUCGUUGGGUCUUACACUACUGGCCAGUCCAGUUAUCGAAGGCCACCGUCAAAGGAGCCUUCGAACCCAGCAAGUGAUCUGUACGAUUCGUGUGUUAAUGAUAUGUCAUGUACUACCAUUUUCGUCAUUUUUGAUACUGAUCAGUUCUACCUGGAGUACAUAAUCAAAUACUCCACAUCUCAAGGCAGCUAUUAG